AUGGAAAACUCAAAGAAAUUCCAGCAAACUUUUUACGAGUGGGCUAUGGCCAUUCAGAAUGGCGACUGGCACAGUGCGGAGGCUUUUUUGGCUGCCGACGUCAUCGUGAAUCGCAGCAGCAUGACGGCGCAUGCAUACGUACAGAAACUCCAAAAAGAUAAAUUUGAAACUGCGCGCCUCGAUUUGUGUAUAUUUGACGACAGUUCAGCCGACAUUGCAGCACGCUAUACGUUCCCCAGCUCGCCUGAGCCGCUCAAUCAAGGCGAAGAGUGGACCGAGCAGACGCUAUUCACCAUCGUCGGCGACAGGAUCUCCGUUAUCGAAACUCUCGCAGACACAAAUAAUUGUCCGGACCUGGGGUCGGAUGAAGAGUUCAAAGUGAGCCUCCGGGCCGGGAAAACUGAGAGUCCCGACCUGCGCAAGUUCUACACUGAGUACAUCGACUCCAUCAAUGCGCUCACUAUGCGUGAACAUUUCGAUGAGUUUUGUCAGGAUAUGGUAACGCACAACUACCUUAAGUACGGUCGAGACGAGUAUAGAGAAAUGAUAGAGUCUAGUUUCAAGGAAAUCUCAGGACUCCAUUUCACAAUCGAGCGGCUCAUUGUCAACGAGAAGGAUCAGCAGAUAGCGGCGCGUCUAGGCUUCACUGGUGUGCCCACCAAAGAAUUCCGAGGCAUCGCGCCUACAGGAAAUGGUGCCGUGUUCAGUGAGCAUGCCUUUUAUCAGCUCGAGCAGGGCCGUAUCAAGCAAGUUUGGUCGCUGCUGGAUCUGGCGUCGUACCGGGCAUCCAUUGCAUCCUGA